UUUAAAUAAGCGAACUGGUCUCACUGCGUCACACGUGCUUCAACCGUAAACAUUUGAUUCGUUAAAUGGUUUAUUUUCUAAAAUAACUACAAGAAAAUGAUGCACCUGCCGACGGAUGACAAGCCAGAGGCGGCAGAGCCUCGUUCCGUCUUCAAGGAGAGCAGCUGCAUCUUCCGGCGGAACCGGGCGCUCGGCUAUGUGAGCAAUCAGGUUCCGGCCGUUACCCGCUAUGUGCAGCGCCGGAGAGACACGCUCCUGAUCACCUGCAUCGGGCGAUCCUUCCAGGUGUACACGGCCAGUCACUUCCGGCUGAUACACGUCAGUGGCCUUCAUCCGGACGAGAUUACCGCCCUGGCCACGGACCGCAUGUACACGUACACGGCGAGCAACAAGUGCAUCUUCGCCUGGCGAGCGGGCAAGCACAUCCGGCACGUGUACCGCGGCCAUCAGAAGGAUGUCCAUCUGCUGCUGCCCUUCGGCUCCAAUCUAAUUGCCAUAGAUAGGGAUAAUGUCAUGAAAGUGUGGAACAUACCCACGGAGGAUGUCUAUCUGGAGGUGCCCUUUCGCCCCGAGGAGUUCCAGAUCACUGCGGUGGCCCAUCCGCCCACGUAUAUUAACAAGAUAGUGCUGGGUUCCCAGCAGGGUCAGAUAAAGAUCCUGAACAUCAAGAAGAACACCGUGGUCUGCACCUUGAGCCACAGCGAGAGUAGGAUCACCUGCAUCGAACCGGCUCCUGCUUUGGAUGUCGUGGCCGUGGGUCACGGUGACGGUGCAAUCGUUCUGCUGAACCUCAAGUUUGACGAGGUGCUAAUGGGAUUCCAGCAAGACUGGGGACAGGUCACCAGUCUCGCCUUCCGCACGGACGGACCACCGAUCCUGGUGUCCGCCUGCAGCAACGGUUACAUGGCCUUUUGGAACCUGGAGGAGCACAAAUUGGCCGGCCAACUGCAGGCCCACGAGGAGUCGGUGACCACUGCAAUUUGUCUGCCCAGUGAGCCUGUGGUCUUCACCACCUCGCCGGACAACUCGAUGAAGACGUUCGUCUUCGACAUGCCGGACGGUGGAGCGAGGCAACUGAGGAUAAGAGAGGGUCACACAAAGCCACCGCUCUGCAUUAGAUACCAUGGCAGCUCGGGAGUGUCCAUUCUCUCCUCCGGCGAGGAUAGCACCAUGAGAGUGUUCUCCACCAUUGCCGAAUCGCUGAACAAGAGCAUGGGCAGGGCCACCUAUAACCCGAAGGCAACAAAAAAGAAGAACCGCUUCCAGUACGAUAAGUUCUCCAUGCCCCCCAUCCUGGAGUUCACCUCGGACACGGCACGCGAGAAGGAGUGGGACAACAUAGCCGCCAUUCAUGCGGGCAUUAUUCAAACCACCACCUGGACGUUCGACAAGAACCGCAUGGGCGAACACCGCCUGGUGCCGAAGCAGUUCCACAACAAGAACCGCAGCGAUUUCCAAAGCGAGACCACCUGCCUGGUGCUUACCCACUGCGGCAACUUCGUCAUUGUCGGCUAUAGCACCGGGGACAUUGAGCGCUUCAACAUUCAGUCAGGAGCACAUCGUGCCAGCUACGGUUCCCCGGGCCACCAGAAGGCAGUGCGCGGCGUAGCCAGCGAUAAUCUGAACCAGACAGUGAUUUCCGGCUGCUCGGAGGGUCUCGUCAAGUUCUGGGCUUUCAAGGGAAAAGUUGACAAGCCAGUAGCAAUUCUUCGGCUGGCGGAUGGAGUUGCCAUGAUGCGGCAGCACCGCGAAAGCUCCAUGCUAGCCAUCGGCCUCGAGACCUUCAAGGUGUUCGUGCUGGACAUGCACACGCGUGUGAUUGUGCGAAAGUUUGUCGGGCACACCGCCAGGCUGAAUGACCUCACAUUCAGUCCGGACAGCCGUUGGCUGAUCACCGCCGCAAUGGAUUCGACGAUAAAGGUGUGGGACAUACCCUCCUCCUACAUGGUAGAUCACUUCCGAGUGGAGGCGCCCUGCGUUUCGCUGACCAUGUCGCCCAACGGCGACUUUCUCGCCACAGCGCAUGUCAAUCUGUUGGGCAUUUACCUGUGGGCCAACCGGACGCUCUUUAACCAGAUUUCCCUGCGCUCCAUCGAUCCGAGGGAGCCGGCUCCUUAUGUGGGCUUACCCACCAAUGUGUGCGAUGCUAUGGGAUUAGAGGAUGGCUUGCAGGAACUGGAGAUUGACGACGAGGAUGAGACUAAACUGGGCGAGCUUAUCGAUGCCAAGUACGAGACUCCCACUCAGCUGUCCAAUGAACUAAUAACGCUGUCCGGCUUAGCUGCAUCGCGGUGGCAGAAUCUGCUGGAUCUGGAGCUGAUAAAGCAGCGCAACAAACCUAAGGCACCGCCAAAAGCUCCCAAGCUGGCUCCAUUCUUUCUUCCCACAGUUUCAGGCCUGGAGCUCCGCUUCGAUGUGGAGAAUGGGCAGAAACCGGAUGAUAGCUCACGCAUCAAAAAGGCCUCCACGCUGAACAAUCUAACUGCCUUCGGACAGCUGCUGGAGGGAACAGCGGACAGUAAGGACUUUGCGCCCGUAGUCACGCACCUCACCCAACUAGGACCCUCGAUGAUAGACUUUGAGAUCAAGUCGCUCCAUCCGGAGGCUGGAGGUACUCUCCUCGCCAUGGUGCAGUUCCUUAAGCUCGUGGAGUUUAUGUUUGGAACCAAUCUGAACUUUGAGCUAGCGCAAUCCUACCUAAGUGUCUUCCUGCGAUCCUACGGCUUUGGCUUGGCGGAGUCCCCGGAGUUGGUGAAAGCGCUGCGCAGAGUUUCUCAUGUGCAGCAGGCUGCCUGGCAGCGGGUCGAGGAGAAGCUGAUCUACGGCACGGGCGUUGUGGCUGCCCUCAGGAACUUUGCGCAUUAGUUUGUAGUAACUACACGUGUUCUUGUAGAGAUAUUAACGAAUACAUAUUGUAAAUAAAGUUACAAGACAUUUUAA